GUGUGUGUGUGUGUGUGUGUGUGAGUGUGUGUGUUCGCGGAGGAUCCUCCAGAUGGUUGGUUUCUCCUCUUAAGGAGUUUCUCGUGAUGGAUCCGAUCGGCAGAGGCGUGUGAGCGUUCAUGCGUGUGCGUGUUAGUCGUGUUGAUGGCUUCCGUUAUCGUCGCUCUGCUGUUGUUCGUCACUCAAUCCCCUUCGCUCGCCACCGCUGACCCCCCCGCCAACGCCUCGCGCCGCCUGCCCGACAUCAUCAUCAUCGGCGUGAGGAAGGGCGGCACGCGCGCUCUCAUCGAGAUGCUGAGUCUCCACUCGGACAUCGUCGCGGCUCAGAGCGAGGUGCACUUCUUCGACUGGGACAGUCACUACCGGCGCGGCGCGGAUUGGUACGUGUCCCAGAUGCCGCUCGCUCGCUCGGGUCAACUGACGGUGGAGAAAACCCCGGCGUACUUCACCUCCGCCCGCGUUCCUGAGCGCAUCCGACGAAUGAAUCCUGACGCGCGGCUGCUGCUGAUCGUCCGCGAGCCGACCGAGCGACUGCUGUCCGAUUACACGCAGGUCUUCCACAACCGUCUGGAGAAACGCAAGCGGCAGCAGUCGCUCGAGACGCUGCUGAUGCGCGACGGAGAGCUCAACCUGGACUACAAGGCCUUGAACCGCAGUCUGUAUCACGUCCACAUGCGGCGCUGGCUCGACAUGUUUCCCAGGAGCCGCGUUCAUCUGGUGGACGGAGCGGCCCUGAUUAGAAACCCUCUUCCGGAGAUGAAGAAGGUGGAGGAGUUCCUGCAUCUGGAGCCGCAGAUAAACGCCUCCAACUUCUACUUCAACCAGACCAAGGGCUUCUUCUGUCUGCGCGACCGCCGGCGCGAGCGAUGCCUGCACGGCUCUAAAGGUCGCAAGCAUCCGCACGUGGCGCCCGCAAUCCUGUGCAAACUCCACCGCUUCUUUCACGAACCCAACCGGGAGUUCUUCCAGCUGGUCGGAAGAACGUUCGACUGGAAGUGAGAAGCGUGUGAACGAGUCAAAUAAGCUGAAAACACAGAAGGAAUUGCUCCUGAACCAACUGGAACAUCUCGAAUGCCGUAACAUGAAACAACCCGUAAUGUGAUGAGUCUUUUUUCAGAGGUGGAGUGAGCUUUUCUUAUGAUUAAGAGAUUAUG